UCUAGGAAAUUACGAUUAUUAAACCGGUUUAUUGUUUAGUUGACCGAUUCGAGCAUGAAACCCGAAGCACCUUUUUUGAUCGAAAUUGAGAUUUGAGAGUAUGCUCAGAAAUGGAAUCGGCCGAUGAAAUUAAAACCCUAGAAGAAGACGGUAUUAAUUGGAGAAGUCGCAUACUGUAUCCUACUCUCAUCGGAGGGAUCGUUGGAGGAGGAAUUGGAGUAGUAUCAAAACAUCGAAAGGUUCACGGCCUUGCAAACAUGUCUGCAACUUAUGCCACUAAUCUUGCCAUAGUCACGGGUUGCUAUUGUGGUGCUCGGCAGAUUGUAAAAGCUAGCCGACAUUCAGGGCCUGAUGAUCUUCUUGACUCAGCCAUUGCUGGAUUUGGUACUGGUGCUAUUCUAGGGAGAUUGCAAGGUGGGGUUGGUGGUGCGAUUCGAUACUCGAUUGGGAUUGCGAUUCUGGGAACUGGGGUUGAUUAUGCAGGUAUCAAACUAAGGCCUGUUUUGAAGGAGAUGUAUGAAUCAGUAGUAGGUGGUGAGAAGAAAGACAGCUGGUUGAGAUGGCCAGAAUGGCUGCCAAUCCAAGUUCUUGAUGAGGAAGCUAUUGCUGCAAAGCAGGCUCGAGAGGAGCAGUUGCGGGCCCGGAUCCGAGAUCUCACAAAAGAAGAGUCGGAAGGACACUAACUUAACUGGGUUUUGGUGGUUAUACCCUUUAGAUAAUACUUGUGUACUCUUGGUUAAGUUUUUGUUAGAGGUUUACAGAAUUUUCAGUGGUAUGUUGUUAUUCUUUCCACAAAACUGGAAGGGCUCAGCUCAUAUUCAGGCAAGCUACUUCAAUGGCUGUGGUUUUAUGUAUUUUUAGCCUUAUGGGUGUUUUUUUGGUUGUUUGAUCACUAC